AUGCUAUGAAUGCAUCACCGCGUCAUGCUGUGAAUUGGUGGUGUUUGGUGCUUUCGGACAGCCAUGUAGACAACGCGUGAGCAACGCUUGUGCAGAGGCGCAGUCGAGCCAGCUGUCAGUGCUGCACACAUACGUUCACUCACUCAGACUGAUGGAGACUUCAGGUCUGACCGCGCGUGAAGCGCCGCAGGUAAGACUCUGGAACGCGCUUUUUUGGAAACAUGCUGAAUCUCUCCACUCGAUCGUCACUACCUUUUUUUUUUUUCGUGCAUGAAAAUGGCAUGUUAUUAUUUAAGAACAACCAGCAACGCAGGGAGAUUCGAUCUUCCUCACUAUGGUUGAUGUUAUUUUGUGCGUCAAGACGCGAUUCACUAUAACACGUUUUGGCUUCAGCUGAAAACGCAGAUAAAUGUUGGAUAAAUAGGUUUUGUUAAUUUCAUAAUGCGUUAAAAUUAAACUUUACCCGCCCAGAAGCUCAGCUGCUGAACAAGAAGAAAUGGAUCAUUAGGUUAUGAGGACUGAAGUACCUGCAGGACUUUGACCUGUUUACGAUACACUAACUGAAAGCACUUAACUCAGGAGUUUGGAGGCUAAACGCGCAAUAAUUGAUUUUAAUGCUGUCAUCGAAACUGUCUCUCCUGGGAACGAGAGAACAUUGAGGAGAUGCCUCGCGCCUAAAUGUUCUUCUUGGAUGGGCUUAUCUUUCUCUUUAGGAUGUAAUGGCACAUUUCAGAUUGUUGAGAGGAGACAUUAAGUGUGUUGUCAGAAUUACUAAAACAUGGUCCUGCAAAGGUUGUUACCUGGAAGGAAAGAGUCUAUGAUCACUUGAUAUAAACCAACACCAACUAACUGCAUAGGAGGUGGAACAAUGCCAGACUCCGCCCUCUCUCCACCAGUUCCACCAAUCACUGCUCUGAACUGUUCGAAUUUGGACAUAUCGAAUUGCUCCUUCGUUAACCUCUCCACAAUCGCAUAUGGAGAUGAGUGCUUUGGCAGCCACGCUUUGUUUGUUGUGAUGGCCAUUGCCUAUAGUGCUGUGGUACUUUUGGGUGUCGUCGGCAACCUGGCUCUCAUCCUCGUCAUCGCACGGCAGCGGGAACUUCACAACGUAACAAACGUCCUAAUCGCAAACCUCUCUGUAUCAGACCUGCUGAUGUCCCUAGUGUGUCUGCCGUUCACCUUCAUCUACACUUUCAUGGACCACUGGGUGUUCGGCGCGGUCAUGUGUAAACUCAACAGCCUGGUCCAGUGCUGCUCCGUCUCGGUGUCCAUCUUUUCCUUAGUUCUGAUCGCCAUUGAGAGACACCAGCUCAUCCUACACCCUCGCGGAUGGAGGCCAAGCCUGAACCACGCCUGUCUGGGCAUCAGCCUCACUUGGGCCCUGGCCACCCUCACUGCUACGCCCUUUCUGUUGUUCUCCAGGGUGACCGAUGCCCCGCUGAAGCAGCUGCCCUCAGUGUUUCAGGAGCAUUACAGGGGAAAGGUGGUGUGUGUGGAGGAGUGGCCCUCCAGAGAAAUCAAGCUCACCUACACCACUGGCAUGCUGGUGCUGCAGUACAUCACUCCUCUCACCUUCAUCUUCAUCUGUUACUUGAAGAUCUACACACGUCUGCAGCGGCGUAAUAACAUGAUGGACAGAUUACGGGAAAACAAAUACCGUAGCAGUGAGACUAAACGGAUUAACAUCAUGCUCUUUUCCAUUGUCGUGGCAUUUGCGGUUUGCUGGCUCCCGUUGAACGUCUUUAACGCUGUCAUCGACUGGAACCACGAAGUGGCUAUGAACUGUACCCACAAUCUCCUGUUCUCGCUGUGUCACUUGACUGCCAUGUGCUCGGUCUGCAUAAACCCGGUGUUCUACGGGUUCCUAAACCGCAACUUCCAGCGUGACCUCCGGGCCUUCCGACUCUGCAAGAUUGUGUCAGCACGGGAGAAUGAAUAUGACAUGGUUGCAAUGUCAACUAUUCAUACAGAUGUGUCUAAGAUGUCACUGAAAAUUAGUAGCAUAGAUCUCUAGUACAGUUUUGUAAACAAUACUCGUGUGUGUGUUCUGAAAAAUGCAUCUCUUUAGAUUUAGUUCAAAAGUGUGCAUUUACAAUAAGAGUGAUUGUUAGUAAACAUAACGAUUGAUGUAAGGAUUAUUGCUGCAACUAUUUUCCAAACUCUGUAUUAUAGUAUACUCGUAAAAUUGUACAUACAAUAUCUAGUAAGGAUGCUGAAUACAUUUCUUGCAAACAUCCU